CGCACUCCUAAACCUGGUGGACCUUGACGGCGUGCUUGUUCAGUCCGCGUGACACCAGAAAUGAAGAAACACAAAGUUAGAGCUGGUGAUGUGGGAGCUAUUCAGGCAGCUGAGUCCUUUGCGGUAAUUUCAGAGGACAAGAAACCUACUUUAGAUUGCAGUCAAUGGCCAUUAUUGUUGAAAAAUGUUCAUCUUAUGAAUGUACGCGAGUGUCAUUUCGAGGCUGACACAACAGGCUACUCACCUUUACACAGGCCUCUGGAUGAAUACAUUAAGAGUGGAGUCAUCAACCUCGACAAGCCAUGCAACCCAUCAUCUCAUGAAGUUGUUGCGUGGGUGAAAAGAGCCCUUGGAGUCAACAAAACCGGUCAUAGUGGCACUUUAGACCCCAAAGUUUCUGGUUGUCUUAUUGUCUGUAUCGAUCGUGCUACUAGGCUUGUAAAGUCUCAGCAAAGUGCUGGUAAAGAGUAUGUAUGCAUAUUUAGACUUCACGAGUCCGUGGAUGAGAUCAAAAAGAUACAAAAAGCUGUAGAGGGGCUGACUGGAGCAUUAUUCCAGAGACCCCCGCUAGUUGCUGCUGUUAAGCGCCAGCUCAGAGUUCGUACAAUAUACGAGUGUAAACUUUUGGAGUACGAAAAAAGUAAAAAUUUGGGUAAGUCUUAUGAUCUUGCUCCACUAAAUUUAGGGCUAAUAAUGGUGCGCUGUGAGGCUGGAACGUAUGUUCGGACGCUUUGUGUGCAUUUGGGUUUGCUUUUAGGUUGUGGAGGUGUUAUGGAAGAACUUAGGCGGUCUAAAACUGGUUUUAUGUCUGAAAGGGACAAUCUGGUUACUAUGCAUGAUAUACUAGAUGCUAAGUGGCUUUAUGACAAUAGGCGAGAUGAGACUUACUUGCGUCGUGUUAUUAUGCCUCUCGAAAAGCUGCUGAUCAAACACAAACGGAUUAUGCUUAAAGAUACUGCCGUGUGCGCUAUUUGCUUCGGUGCGAAACUUAUGUUGCCUGGCGUACUCCGUUACGACAACGACAUCAAUGUCAACGAUGAAAUAGUCCUAAUGACUACCAAAGGCGAAGCCGUAGCUCUUGCUGUUGCACUAAUGACUACUGCAACAAUCGCGACGUGUGACCAUGGAUUAGUCGCAAAACUGAAAAGAGUGAUAAUGGAGCGUGAUCUCUAUCCUCGCCAGUGGGGUCGUGGUCCUGUUUCCAUGGAAAGGAAAAAACUCGUUGCCCAAGGUUUACUUAAAAAGUUUUCCAAAUCUGACGGUGUGACGAAUACUUCGAACUCUGUUGGAUUGAAAACCAAGAUGGAAGCAAGUGAAGCUGGGGAGGCUGUAACGCGAAUUAAAGCACCAAAUCCUUCCGACUCAAGCGACGAUGAAAUGGCAAGCAAAAAUUUGAACGAUCACGACGGGUGAGUUUAACUAAUGGCGUUCAUGAUGAACAAGCAUAUGUCUGCUUAUAUUGAUGACAUUUCUUUCUGAUUGUAUUCAACUACUCUGGUAAUCUUACUCUUAUUCUUUUCCGUUACAGUCAGGAUACGGGAGCUGAAGAAUCAUCAUCCGACGACAGUGACUGACUCCAUUUUUCAGAGCUUUAAUUAAAUUGUAUAUUUUUCCGCAAUUCAUUGUCUUCUCUUGCGCCUAAAUAUUAAUACUUGAAGAUAACAGUCGGUGGACUGACUAAGCUUGUGCACAAAAAUAAUCGUGCAACAUAUCCCCGUUACUACGAGUUUAUGAUGUAUAGGAUAUGACAAUUGUUCAGGUAUGCACGUUUAGAAUGUAAACGCAUGAUAUAUGUGGUGUUGGGGUAAAAUGUGACAUCGAGAAUACAAUCAUUAGCCGGUCCCUACCACUAUUUAAAAUAUAUCCAUAAUUAUUGUUCCUAAUACCAGUUUUCUGAAGUUGGUCGAGUCAUUUGUCGAAUCUCACACUAUCGAGUUAAAUUUACAUCGGUGGAUGUCGACAUCUUGUUAUAUCAUUAGUAAGUCGAGGUCGCAUUCACUACAUGUUCACUGAUUAUCACAAAGAGCGAGUUAGAUGGCGAAGUGUGGUGUUCACUACCCUAGAUAGUGUAAGGUUGUAUGUUCUCGCAAAAUCAAUUCCAAAAACGUAUCUGCUGGCCUGGUGUUAUUUCGCAUUUCGGAACCUGAUAUUCGCAUUCAGGGCAAUAAAUAAUGGUUAUAUCACUAUUCAUCUUCAUGAGUACUUACUAAGACGCUUCUUACGCUAUACAGAGAUGCAGUUUGGCAUAAUAGAGUAUUCUUUAGUUCGUUAGUUCAGCGUUCAGACCGAACACUGAAAUUUCUGUUGUUACGCUAAUUGCGGUCACUUUUG